CGGGAGCCUGCCGUCAAGAUGUUCUCCAAGGUUCUUCUGUGCUGCGUCCUUGCCCUCUCUGCUGCCCAGCAGCCAAGCCUGGAUGGCCCACCACAGCCAUACAGCUUCAGCUAUGACAACACCGACGAGUUCGGUACUCGCAUCAGCCACACUGAGACGGGUGACGAGAACAACAACAAAGUUGGCUCCUACAGCUACACCGAUGCCCAAGGCAUCUCCCGCACCGUCAAAUACACCGCUGACGCCGACGGUUUCCACGUUGUGGUCGAGACCAACGAGCCAGGAACUACGAGCUCCAACCCAGCUGCCGCCCAAUACGUCUCUAACGCCGCCGAGGUUGCCCCAGCUCCAGUCGCCGUAAAGGCCUCCCCGGUGGUGCAGGCCGUGAAGGCCACCCCAGUGGUGCACGCCUUCCACGCUGCCCCGGUCGCUGUGCAGGCCGUGAAGGCAACCCCAGUGGUGCACGCCGUCCACACUGCCCCGGUCGCUGUGCAUGCCGUUAAGGCCACCCCAGUGGUUCACGCCGUCCACGCUGCUCCAGUCGCUGUGCAUGCCGUGCAUCCUGCCCCAACCUUCACCUUCAACGCCGCCCCAGUCGCCGUCCACCACGUGACCCCAGUCACCGUGGCUGCCCGCCCAGUCGCCUUCCGCGCUCCCCUCACCUACACCCUCGGUCGUGCCAAGAGCCGUUAGGAACUACACGUAGUUUUAUUACAAUUAGCUCUAUUAAAUAAUUUAUUUGCCACGCAUA